GUUGCUAUGAGGAUAUAUGAGACAGUCGACGAUGGCCUCAGCUGUUUGAUCUACAGUGAGAGGUCCUUCGGAAUCUGUUUCAAUAGAGCAAAUGUCACAGGACCCUUAAAUUGUCCAACUGAAAAGGAUCCUUGGAUGUUACAUAUCUGAAGAUUAGAGCUUGGCCAGGAUCAUGAUAAGCGUGUAAGUGACAGUCAAACAACCUUAGGUGAAGGUCUCCACUCUUGUACCUCAUUUUCUUGUCCAUCGCCAUCUCGCAACUUUCAACUCAACUUACACCAUGGACAUGGAUGGUCCUGAAUCGGCAAUUGAACCAGCACCCUCACACUCAGAGUUGCAGCCGAAUGAUCUGCAGGAUCAGGACAGGGACUGUGAUCAGCAGCAGAAAGCACCAUCAUUAAACCUCAUCGCUGAAAAUCAAAUCAUUCAGCCUGAUAAUGACAUAAACAACCAAAAUUACUAUACAUCUGCACAAUGGACUGCCGAUGGAACAUCACUCAUCGUAUCAUCUGCCAUCAACUCCAUAUCCACCUUUGUCCUCCCUGAAGAUCUUCUCGACCCAUCAGCUUCACGCCCGCGACAGCUCGAGUCUCAAUCCUCAAUAUCACUCCCUGAGCCCUCUCAAACGAUCAUCCCGGCGCCCUUCUACUCUCUAGCUGAGCCAACCUCGCAAACAGUCCUCGUAGGAUGUCGUGAUCAUCCUAUUCAGCUCUACCAUCUCUUCCCUCCAGACGAUGAUGGCCUCGCGUCGCGUUCUGCCCCACUUGCUUCGUAUAAAUUAAUACGUUUUGAAACAGAAGAGUAUAUCACGCCCUCAUCUAUCCUCUGGGAUUCACCCGGGACGCAUUUCCUCGUCGGCUCAACGAACCGGCUUGAUUACUUUGACAUGACUCGACCAGGAUCAGAUGGUCCGAUACUUACUAUACCCACCAUCCCUUCUAGACGUCAUAUACGGAAGGGAAAUGGAGUUGGUAUGAAGGGCACUGUCGCUGCUCUCGCUUCCUCGCCUGUGGAUGGUAAUGGGAGCUCUAUUAUUGCUGCAGGGACAUGGACACGGUGGAUGGGAUUGUAUGAUACGCACCGCUCAGACAAGGUUAUUGCAAAUUGGUCUCUCCCUCGCUCUGAGGACAUGCCAGGUGGAAUAGGAGGUCAGGGAAUUGUUCAGGUCCGCUGGAGUCCAUGCGGCCGAUAUAUGAUCCUCAACGAGCGCCAUGCCUCUGGUCUGAUUGUGUAUGACGUUCGCGGAACGGGUGAACUCCUCUGCACACUUCGAGGUCGGAGUGCACCUACACAGCAGAAGAUGAUGGUGGAUGUCUUUGCCGGCGAUCCCUAUGCUGAGUUCCCAUCUUUCGAGGUCUGGGCAGGCACACAAGAUGGUGGUGUUGCAGUGUGGGAAGGCGUUGGCUCUCAAACUGGUGUUGUCGAUCCAUCAUGGACAUGGAAGCCCCAUGGUGCGCCGGUAGGAAGCACUGCUUUGCAUUCGAGCGGUUCUGUAGUCGCAACGUGCUCAGGAGGAUGGGGUUUUAGAGACGCGUCAGAGACGAAGACAGUGUUCGACGAGUCUAGUAUCAAGAUCUGGACUAUAGGAGGCUGAGUUGAUUAAAAACACGGUAGGAAGCACGGUAUGCUAAAUGAUAAUCAUGCAAGUUGGUAAGAUGACACUUGGAGGAAUCCACUGUUAAGCACAGGUUCACCGCGAGUAAGUAUUGGCUUCAGUUCAGCGUCCAACUUUGGUUCCAAUUUGAUAUAAAGAAACAAAGAAUAACGUCACGAUAUACUAAAUGAUGAAAAUUUCUUUGAGUUAAUGUUGUUUAAUUUCUUUAUAUCAUAGCUAUCUACCGAAAACCCAUACCCAUGACCGUGUGGCCAUCAUAUCUCAUGAUUAACCCAA